CGCCAGCAUCGUCCUCCCGCUGCCCUCUGGUUCGCCACCUUUUCAAUACGAAUGGAAAUAUGUUUAGAGGUGGUUCUAGGGGUGUAAAGGGAGAAAGGUCAAAAGAUAAACACGACGUCCGGCCGCCCGGCCGCAUCCGGCGCGCUCCCACAUUGCAGUCCACAUCCGGUUUGUUCCCGCCUCUUGCGAUUUCCUGUGGAAUGUGUAACCGGAGUCGCGCGGGAGCGAAGUUAGAUGACCGCUUCAAGCCGUCCGACGAUGCAGGCGGCGUCCGCCUCACCAUCUCCACUGCAAGUUCUGGAGAUAGCGGCGUGUACACCCUGCAAGCUAGCAAUGCUGCCGGUAAGGAUACGACCCGGGUACGGCUCGAAAUUACCCCGGACGAAAAGCCGACUGGUGAUGAUCCGCCAACAUUUCUUCGACGACUGCAGGACUUGACCGUGAAGGUUGGAACGCGGACAAGGUUUCUAGUGGAAAUAGUCAGCUCUACAGAAUGCAGGGUGACUUGGUACCGCAACGAGCGUCGGCUACUAGAAGCAGAACGGAUUGCGUUGGUUCGCGACGGUAACUUCUGGUGCGCAGACAUCUCGGCCGUCAGUGUAGACGACUCCGGACGAUGGACGUGCACUGCGGAAAACGUCGGUGGCCGAGCUAGCUGCUCUGCACAUCUUAAUGUUUUAGUUCCUAAAGCAUAUAAACGUCCCGAAUUUGUAGAAGAACUUCGGGCUUUAUUAACUGAACAGGGCACAGUGUCGCUCGAAUGUAAAGUGGUGGGGGUUCCUACACCAGUACUUCGUUGGUUUAAGGAUAGUCGAGAGAUCAAAGCUGGUGAUGUUUUUGCUUUAACUGCUAACGCCGAAGACCCGACGUCACUUGGGACAUACACUUGUGAAGCUGUGAACUGUAUGGGUAGAGCAUAUUCCUCAUCAAAAGUACAUGUCAUCGGCCGCGCCAGUAGAGAGGGCUCUGCACGGCCUGCUUCUGGGGGCGUUGCACUCGAGCCACCUCCGAUUUUUACUAAAGAGUUAGAGGAUCAAUUUGUAAGGAUCUGCGAGCCUCUGACCCUAAGCUGUCACAUCGUCGUACCACCGUGGCCACGGAGCAUCGUCUGGUACAACAAAGAAGGGAAAAUUGAAUCAAGUGAUAAAUAUCGUGUUCUAGAAGAUGGUGUAGGGGGUUACUUAUUAGAAAUUCCGUCAGCAGAGUGGCAAGAUGAGGGUGAAUGGAAAUGUGUAGCUACGAGUUCUGGAGGCAGAAUCGGCAUUUCGACUUGCUAUGUAUCUAUGGAUGUGCCGAAGAACUACCGCAAACCACGUUUUAUGGAAAAUCUGCAAGCUGUUUUAACUGAAGAAGGACUUGUGUCGUUUGAAUGCAAAGUAGUCGGGUUUCCCACGCCAGUACUUAGCUGGUUCAAGGAUGGUCAGGAGUUAAAGCCUGGAGAUGUAUAUCAACUCACGGGGACAAAUUCAUUAGGUUCUUAUUGCUGUAUUGCAAGAAACUGCAUGGGACAUGCGAGCAGCUCUGCAGAACUAACAGUAGAAGAUAUUCAGAAUCAGCUAAAUGAGGAGGAAAAGUUACAAUUAUUUUCAAAAAAUCAAGCCCCUAAAUUCUUGCAAGGCCUUAAGAGUGUUGAAGCGAAAAUAGAUGAACCAUUCCGUUUUACUAUUAAAGUUGCCAUUCCACCAGAACCUACAGUAUUAUGGUAUCGUGACGAUCAACCGGUCGAUGAAACGUCUCGUUGUCACCAUGGAAAAGAAGAACGUGGCGUUUUCUUUAUAGAUAUUCAAAGCUUGGAAUUUAUGGACCAAGCAGAGUGGAAGUGCGUGGCUAUGAAUGACUUUGGGCACAGUAUAACUUCUUGUUUCUUAAAGCUUAUAAUACCAAGACAUUAUAAAAAGCCGCGGUUUUUAGAAAAUCUCCAGGCUAUUUUAUCAGAUGAGGGUGCUGUGAAUUUGGAGUGCAAAGUUAUUGGUGUUCCGCAACCAGUUCUUAAAUGGUAUAAAGAUGGCGAAGAGCUAAAACCUGGUGAUAUACACAGAAUAAUAUCUGGUCAAGAUGGAACUUGUUGUCUCGGUACAUACACAUGUGAAGCUCAAAAUUGUAUGGGUAUAGCAGCUAGCUCUGCAUCUUUGCUUGGAUUUGAAGAUUCUAUAAAAGCAAAAAGCAAGAAAAACGCCGAUGAACAGACGUUACAAAGAAAUUUGUCACUUAGCACUAUUCACGAAGAAAGAACUUCGCAGAUGUACGACACACCUGUUGGAGAUAUUACUUUGGAUGACAAAGGUGAAAUUACAUAUUCAUUUGAUGGAAAAGAAGUGUCUGUUUCCCUGUAUGAAACGCCAGAUUUAACGGAAGAAGAAGCUUUACAGAUAGUUGAGAUGUAUGCGGAUCAAUUAUCAGAAAAUGUCACUGAGCAUAAUGUUGUAGAACUUCCUCCAUUGCGGUUUGUUAAAGAAACUUCAACUUCUGGUAAUUUAUUAAUGGAAGCGAUAAUUAUUGACGUUUCUCCAGAAUACUUCACCUCUCCAGAAGAAGAUUUAAGAACCGAAGCUGAUAUUGAAGAUAUUUCUAUUGCUGACGAAAAUUGUCCACCACAGUUAUCUCAAGACCAGGAAAUGGAUGGAGCAGAAGACUACUUAGAAAAAACUAUGGCAUUAUUGUCAGAUGAAAAGGCUAUUUUUCCUAAAAAGACGGACAGAAAAAAAUCUGAUUCGCAAAAAAGUGUAGAUGAUUACUUUAGUUUAUCCAGAGAUCAAUCACUUUCGGAAGAAAAAAAAGAUGAUGAUACUCAAGGCCUAUCGGAAAGUGACUUACAAAGUUUUGCAAGUGCUCGAAGUUCUGGAAAACCAAAGUCAAAAUCUUCUAAACCUUCGAUUGAUGACGGUCAAGAGUCAUCAGAUCUAACAAAAACAGUUCUGCUGAAAGAAGAUUUACAGAUAUUGAAUAAACAAAAUGAAUUAGAUUCAAUAAUGAAAAAUAAACGAGAGCGGCGGAGUCGAAGUUCUCGGAGAUCUAGCUCUGGUAGCGAAAAAUCUUUAAGCAAAAUGAAAGAAGAAGCUUUAGUAACUAAUUUAGAAAAUAAUUUGGUUUUAACUAAUUUAGAUCAACAAAGUACCGAGGAAAAUAUAAACAACAUCUGUUUGUCUUUAGCUAAAUUGAUAAAUGAUGUACAAGUGAUUGAAAGAGAUAUAAUACUUAAAUCUGAACUUAUGUCCACUGCCGCUACAGCAUCUCGAAGUCUAGAAAUCAUAAAUAGUAUCAUCGUCCCACUGUCGGAAAUACAUAGUAUUGCAGAAGCCAUGAAAGAAACAGUAAGCGAUUCACUUGAAGUGACAACUUCUUUAUUUAAUAAACUUCCUCAAUCUUUGAGUAACCUUUAUCAAAGUUUAACAAUUGUAGAAAAGUGUAUAGAUGUAGAAAGUGAAAAUAAAACGUUAGUUAAAAAGACAUGUACAAGUAUAAUUGAAAAAUGUGGUGAUGAUCUUAAUAAUUUAGUAGGAGAAAUAAAUUCAUUAGUUAACAAAGGUUUUCAAUUUCUGGGAGACAUAUGUGUUGCUUCUAUCCAAAGGACUACGAACGACUUAAAUAAAACUGUUACGUGUUCGCUUGCUGAAAUCAGAGAAAGUAAAAAACUUUCAGAUAGAAUAGACGCGAACCUUGAUAUCACGACCCCAGAGUUAAAACACUUACAAAAAACUCAGAAGGCUGUAUAUGAAUUAAGAAAUUCUCUGAAGUCACUAUUACAUAUCGCUAAAGAGGUAAAUAUAUCUAGCUUCGUAACUGCAGAUCAUAUAACUAACAGUCAAAUUAUUCUUAAUGAUAUGUCAACACCUAUUCAAGACUUACAGAGUGCUUUGGAGCAAAUAGAGGCUCUUUCAGUAACAGAAACUCAAUUUGAUAUACAAAAAUAUAACACUGAAAUCAUAGAAACCGUAAUGGAACCUGUAAUAAAGUUAAGAACGUCAUUUGAACAACUUUCCGUAGAAGCUGGAACAAUGGAAAAAGUUGAUGUAUUGAAUGAAGUUUUAUAUGACAUAAAACACAACAUUAAUGAAAUUUCGGCUCAUUUAGAUAUAUUUGAAACGAAAAUAGGUUCAUUUAAUAUACUACAAAGUGAAAACAAACUAGAAGCUCUACAAAAAAUGGCUCAAAUUUUGAUCAAUUUAGAAAAUAAUUUGGCGAUACUGGAGAUAAUACCAUGUUUAAAAAUACACAUGGCCGACUUUCAUAAAAAUUUAACUAAAGUACUAGAACACGUUAUAGAAAGUAAUGAUGCUCAAAAAUAUUUUGCUUUUUUGGAAAUCUGCGAUUCUGUUAAUAGAAUUAAUGUUCUUAUAAAAAAUGUGGAUUCCAAGGAUAGUCUAGCACUUGCUGGUAUUAUUAAUAACCUUAAAACAGUCCAAGCAAAUAUUGAGCAAAAUGAAUUUACACCAGAACUUAACUUAUCUAUUCUAUCUAAUGUAACGGACUUAUUGAUUAAUAUACAGGAAACUAUUAAUCAAGCAGAUAUAUCAACUUAUAGUAUGAAUUCGGAAAAUGUAGAAGAUCUGUCUAUAAGAGGUUUUGAAGAAGAGAAAUUAAAUAUUGUGUUAGAACAGAUAGAAAAAGCUAUUACUACUAUAAGUAAUGUAAUAUCCUUAGAAACUACAAAUAAUUUAGUGAUAAAAAAAACUUUAAACCAAAUAGUUCCUACACUAGGAGAACUAAAAUGCUGUGUUGCUUCAUUAAAUGUUAAUGUGAAUGAAAAAGAAGAUAAUAUAUCGGACAUGAGUAGCUUUGCCUUUACACAAGCCGCUGCUAAUCCACUUUGUGAAUUAAAUCUUAGUAUCAGUGUGCUUACCCAGAUAAUUUGUGAAAAAGCAUCAGACGAUUGUGAGCACAGUCUUCUAAAGGCAGAACUAGCGACACCAUUAGUAGAGCUACGUAAUGCAUUAGAAAUUUUGCAACAUGAUGUGAUAUCACAAAAUGAAGAAAAUGUAAAUGAUCCCAAAAUUAGUAGUAGCGUUGCAAAUGCUGUUCAAAGUAUUCAAAGUUGCAUAGUAGUGAUUCAAGAGCAAAAUUUGUUAGAAAAUGCGGAUGAAGUCUCCACGUUAGAUGACAUUUCUGCAAUUAAAACAACUGCAGAUAUGCUAUUCACUGAUUAUUUGAUAUCCCCUGAGAUACAUGAAAUAACUGCUGAAAUUAACGCUGAAAAUACACUAUACGCUUCGACUGAAUGUUUAAAAGUCUUAAAUGACCAUAUUAUAAUGUUGCAAAACGAUGAAUCAAUGGCCGUCUUACAUGCGUUAUCCAAACGAGAAGAAAGCGCAUGUAUUAAGACGAUAGUAGCACGAUUAGAAACAUUGCAUUGUGCUAUAGAAGGUAUUUUACAUCCGAUAACAUACGAAGAAUCACAGAAGCGAUCAUCUAUCCCAAACGCAACUCAAUUAUUAACGAUAAUUCAGCCAAUACGCGAACUCCUCCAAAGUUUAUCAGUAAUUGAUAUAAGUAAUAUGUCCUCGGAAAGUACAUCGUCAAUAGAUCAGAUAAAACUACUGACUCAAAAUGUAUCAAAAUUGGAAAUUUAUCUAAGAGACUCUCUAGAUUUCAUUAAUGUUUCAGUUGAAACAUCCGAUGGUAUUUUAGAGAUAUCGACUAAAAUAAACACAUUGAAAAAAUUGUGCGAAGAGUUGAAAAAUAAUUUAGAUGCGGCCGAAAAAUAUGGGUUCGUUAAAUGUCCCGAAUUAUUAUUAUUAGAUGAUAGUGUAAAUACCAUUUUAAAUACAACCAGUUUUCCCCAAGAAAUAAAUAUAACACAAGUAAAACUCAGCUUAGAAGGACUUCAACUGAGUAUCGCAAUGGCGCAAGACGAAAUAAUCGGAUUUUCAGUUGAUAAUCCUAUAAAGUUACAUCAUGAAACCAAAAUCUUAAAAUCAAUAGAUGACAUUGAAAAAACGAUUGCUUCGCUGGUACAACUCCGCUUUAUAGAUAUUGGUGAAGUUUCUAACCCUGAUAAUUAUGUUUCAAUAGAAGUGGCUAAGGAAGUGCAGCAUGAGAAAUUAAAGAAGAUAGAGAGCGUCGUGGAAAUAAAUGGAAAUCUUACCCAACAUUUAUCUCAUGAAAUGCCAAAUAAAAUUUUCACAUUAAUAGAAAACUAUGUUAAAGCACAUAAUGAUGAAAUGAUUUUAUUGUGUUGUUUAUUCAAUCAAAGGCUUACUCCUAAACGAAUAAUUAAAAUGUUGCAAAUAUUCUAUGAUUUAUGCCAAAAUUUAAAACAAUGCCAGUUACAUCAGCAACAUUCUCAUACAUCCGAAUGCCUAAAUGAAUGGAUGGUUAACUCAGAAGAGUGCUUAAAACAUAUUCAAUCAUUCCUUAUCGUUAUUUUACAAAGCCAUUCUCAUUUUCUUUUCGAUAUACCUAUCUCAAAUAUAAGAACCAAUGAAUUGUUUUUGCAUACAAUUUUAGAGACAAAUGAAAAUGCAAAUCUGUUUGAUUUCGUGAAAUUAUUAAUAAACACAAUCAAAUCCAUUAAACCUUGUUUUCAAAAUAUACAAGCUGAUGUGCUUAAUGAAUUGGAAUCAUAUGAAGUUAAUUCAGAUGCAGAAGAUGAUACCUAUAAAAAAUUUAACAUUCUUCAUGAAUAUUCCUCUGAUAAUAUCAAGAAAAAUAACAAUCAAGAGAUUGAAGCUAUAUUUAGAGUCAUUGAAAAACAUGCUGAUUGCAAAAGUGUCAGAGGAGUCACUAAGAAAAUAAUAUUAAUAAAAUGUAUUUCAGAUUGUAUUAAUGUAUUAAAAUCAACUCUCGAAGGCCGAUUGCUCACAUCAAACAAAAAUGACUUGUUAAAGAUUUUGUUAAAUUUGUCUGAGGACGUUGAGUGUUUCUAUAAUAAAAUACUAAUCGUUGGGAAUGAAAAUUUAAAAUGUAUUGAAAAAAGCCAUGUUUUAAAGGAUUUAGAAUGGAUUGAACCACAAUUGGAAGCAAUCAGUCAAGUUAGUAAAAAACUUGAAAAAGGUUUAGAAUGUAAAAAUCUGUCUUUGGAAAAUAAUUACAAUAUAUCCUUAGCAAAAGACCUUGUUAAUAAAAUACAUCUAAUUGAAAAGUGCUUACAAAGUAUAGUUUUUAAGAGCACGGACCAGUCGGAGGAUAUUAAACUUGACAUGAAACCUAUUAAGGAAAUAAAUAGAGUUCUUAGUAUCUUGUUAUCAAAAGAAUUUGUAGUUAUAAAUGAAGAGAAUAGACAGCUUAAGGAGAGGACGGACUCGCUGGUACAACAUAUGGAGCACUACAUCGAAAUCAUAGAAAUUGUGGAAGAGGUAUCUGCAGUUUUAAAACUGGAUGAUUUAAAAAAGUCAGCGAGUAUAGCACGAGAACUGCGAGAAAGUGUUGCGUUAGACUCAUCUCCUAAUGUAAUAAUAUCCGUUCCAGAGCUAAAUACUAUAGCAGAACAAAAACAAAUAGUUCAAAACUUGCAAGAGGCAUUAACAGCAUUGAAUGUCGAAGCUUUUGACUGUGAACAAGAAUUUGCACCACCAAUCAGUGAUGACAUACGACAACAAAUUGUUAAAGUGGUAUCUGAUAUACAAAAUGAUUUAGUAGCAUUAACUAGCAUUUUUGUUGUUCUUGAAAAUACAAGAACGUUGGCAAAUGUGACACCAACGGACAAAAGUGAUCUUAUUAUAAUAAAGGAAGAAAAACCAGGUAAUUUUAUUGAGAAUGAACAAUAUGUUAUAGUUGAUUUAGAAGUAAAACAGGAAGAUUCAAGCCAAGUCCUUGGUGCUGAUAUAGACUCUAAGUAUGCGGAAUCAGAAAUUAUACAAAUAGAACAAAGUCAACCUACAUUUGAGGUCUCCACUACUCCAUGUCUUGGAGUUAGUGAAGACAACAAGCAAUCCGAAAGUGAACUCACUAUUCAAGAAGUAGGCAACCAGACUGGAACUGAAAACUUCGUUUUUAAAAAUCAUGAGGAACCGGUGACAGAAGCAGAUACAAUAGAAGAAUCACUUGUACAACAUAUAAAUGAGUAUUUAUGUGAAGAUAUUUUAAUGGAUAUUAGAAAAAUAUUGCCAUACGAGAAUUUUAAUCAGCUCGAACAACUUGCAUUGGAGGUCCGUGAUAAUGCUAUUUCAAAAUAUACGUGCCUCCAUCAAGAGUAUUUAAAAAAGCAAUUGGAGCGAGUAUUAAAACUACAACACGCAAUGGUAGAAGCUUAUGAUAAAAAUCUUGGCGAUGCUCUUGAUCAGACUCUUCAAGCCCUGACGGGAAAAGAUUCAUUGCAAGCCUUAAAAUUGGUUUUCCGUAAUCUCCUAAAAUCCCUUGAAAUGUAUGUAGUUUUAAUAAACACUAUACCUAAGACCGAACGUGAAUUUGUGGAUGAUAAAGUUUUCAUAGAAGAAACUCCAAAGAUUGAAAAAGUAACCAAUAUUUGUACGGAAAACAUUUACGAUGCUGAGGAUCCAUCAAUUGCUUCUUUAAUUGAAAAACGACAACCGGAAGAUCAAAAUAUUGACAGUGAUAAUAUUAAUUUCGAAGUGCAAAGAAAUGAAAUGAAUGUAUUGUCUGAGAACAUAACUGACAUUGUUGUUAAAAAUAGCAAAGCAGACAUGGAGGAAUUAAAGAAAGAAAUUGCUUCAAUAGUAGACAUUGAUGAAGAAAUGCUUAACCAAGAAAAUAUAUCAUUCCCCAAACACGAUGAAGAAAUUCCUAUAAAUGUCCAUGAGGCUGAAUGUGAAAUAAAAGAUGGUAAUAGUUUAACUACAGAUACCAUAUUGAUUGAUAAUGAAGCAUCAAAUAAAAUUGACACGUCUACUUCAGUACUGCAUAAAGAAAUCCAAGAACGCGCAGAUACCAUAAUUGCAGCAGAAAAGUCAAGUGCAAUACAUGAGUUAGAGAUACUUUUACAAGAAGUAAAUGAAAUGUUAUCAUUAAAAUACCCUUUAGACCAAACCUCUGAGGAAUUACAAGAUACACUUGAAGAAGUACAAACGGUUAUAAUGAAAUUGAAGUGUGACUUUGAUGGCUCUACUAACGACUUUCUUAACGAAAAUAUUGAAGAUUUAGAGUGCAAUGUUAGAAGCGUACAGCUUCAAAUUAAUGAAAGUGGUCCUCCAGCGCUUUUGAAAGAGGCUUGUGCCAAUUUGCAGUCUCUUGUAGCUGGCAUGAAAACGAUUUACAAUACACAUAAUAAAUCAACAGAAAUUACUGCAAAUAACGCACUUUCAGAGUGUACAAAUGACGCUGAAAAAUCCGUGGAAUUAUUGGACAAAAUAUCAUUUAUAAAGGAUGACCGUUCAUUAGAUAGUUUCAUUUCAAUUCUCAAUGGGAUAAAAGAUAGUAUGGAAUCUUUAAAAUCUGGUUUCUCGGCCGACGCAGAAUCUUUGAUAGUAAUAGGUAUCCAGGUGCUGCAAAAUUUAGAUCAUGUUGAAGAUAAAGUUUUUGCUUUAGAGAAAGAAUUAGAAGAACAUAUCAAAAUAGAUGUAAACUUUCGAGAUAGUAUAAUUGCAGCAAUACAUUCUAUAUAUGGAAGUAUUUCAAAUAUGAGAGGCACUAUAAGCAGUAUUCAAAAAAAAUAUAUGUAUGAUAAUUAUGGAGAGCCAUCCGAUAGGUUUUUGAAAGCAAUAAAAAAUGUCAAUCAUAUAUUGAAAUGCGAUAAGAAAAAGGACUGGAAAAUUUUCGCAAAAUCACUUCGCAAAGUUUUAAAUCAUUUUGAGGAUAUCAAAUUUUAUAUAAAUUUUGACAAAACAGCAAGACUACCUAGUGACUCAGCAUUUACAAAAAUAAUUCUUGGUGAACUAAGGAAUGUUCUGUCAGAAGUAGUUUCACAAAAUAUAAGUGAUAUAGAUAAAAAGCUUAUGGAUGAACUGGAAGACGCUGUAAUGCACGUUGGUAAAAUUCUUGACACGAUGGAAAACCAAACAACAUUGGAAGUGAAAGAAAAAAUACCCAUUUUCAAGGAAUUAUCUGUUAAAAUGUUCGACUUGACAAAUUGUAUUAAAACUUUAAUAACAAAAAGUUCUGAUAUUACUGAUCAGUUGUUAAUAGAAAAUAAAGUAUUACCUGAACCAGAAGACGUAGAAAAGCGAAAGCCAGCUAGUAUAAAACAUGAUAAAAUUGAAGAUCAACUUUAUAAAAGUAAGGACACUACACUUUCUACUGACGAUAGUAUAAAUGAGAUAAAUGAGAAAGAUACAUCACACGACACACUAAAAGAGGUAGAAAACAAAGGAAAAUAUUGUCAGGAAUCAGAAAGUGAAAUUAUUGAAAAAGAAGAAAUAAAUACAGCUGAGAUAAAAGAUAUAGACAGUGAUAAAUUUCUACAAGACUAUGAAAUUUCAAGCUUAGAACUUAACAAAGAAAGUAAGGAUAUGAUUGCGAAGCCUACCAUUGAUGAGACGAGAAAUAUUAUUCAAGAGACAAUGCAAGAUACUGAAAGUAAAAAAAAUUGGCUAAUUAAUGUAGACCACACAGACCAAGAUAUUGAAAGUAGCAGUAUUAAGAAUGACAUUGAGUUAAAUAUAAAAAUAGAGGAAAAUGAUAAUGAAUCAAGAGACCCUUUAAAUGAUAACGUCAAAGAUGUAAAUGAAGUGGCGAGUAAUAACGAUCUCAUCGGUUUAGAAUUAAGAAACAUGAAUAAAAAUAUUUCUAUGCAAGAAAUAGUUGGAACAGAAACAGAAUUUCCAAUUGAAACCCUACAAAAGGUACAAAGUAGAGAAGAAUUUAGUUCCGUUAGUAGUACCGAGUGUCAGGCAGGUGAUUUGACUGGUGAAAUAAAAAAUGAAAAAUUCACUAUGGAAUCAAAACAAGACGAUAACCUAAAAGAAGAAAGUAAUAACCAAUGUAAACAGGAAUUACAAAAUGAAAACAUUGUAGAUAGUAUAGAACUUACAACGAAUGAUGAGUCUAUGCAAGAUAAACAUGAUGUUCUUAAACAACAGCUUAGCAUAGAAGUGGCUCAAAACAUUGAAAAAGCAGAGCAAAUUGUGCUUGAUGAUACAAUGGAAUACCCUAAAACAUUAGAAUCACUAAGUAUCGUAAGUGAUUCGAUAGCUAUACAAGAAGCAGAGGAAGAAAAAAAUUAUAGCACUCCUGAAAAACCACAUGUUAUUUUAAUGGCAGACUUUGAAAAUGAAAACAAUAAAGCAAAAAUGAGGCAAAAUAGUCAAGAAAUUCUAUCGCAAGAUCCGCCACAAUAUACAAAACAAAACGAUGUUGAUAUUGAAGAAGAAAUCGGUUCCACAUCAAUUCUACUGGAUGAUAACACAGAAAAUACGGUAGCCAAAAUACAUCAGAAGGAGCGAGACUUUGAUUCGGUAGAAUUAAGUAUAGAAGAAAAUAAAAAUGAUCAUAUCCAAAAUACCAAAAUUUUAUUGACAGACAAGAUAGAAGAGAUUAAAAAUGACCCAAAUGGGGAUAAUAUUGCAGAAGUAGCGAUAACCGAACUAUCAGAAAUUGGAGCACAACAAAGUAUAAAUAAAGCUGAAAUAAAGGAAGAAACUUUAGAAAAAACUAGUAAAGAAAGAGCUGAAUUUAGUUUUGAUCAAAGAUUGAAAUCGGAUGAUCUCGAAAUUGUUAUUAAGAAUAAAGAUGACAGCCAACAGAAUUUACAAGAUGCAGUGAUCAACAAGUUACAUGUGGAUGGCGUGGAAUCGUUAAAGGAAAUUGUUGUUAAGACAGAAUCUGAUAUUAAUUCCGUUCCAAAUGAACAAUCCGCACCAACAUACAAAAUUGUUCCGGAAUGCGAGAAAAUCGAUAAUUUAAGUAGUUCAGAAGAAAAGUUUACCAAAGAAGGAAACCCAGAAGAAUGUCAAGUUGCUGUAAAUACUAGACUUUCAGAUAUAAAUAGGGGAGGUCCUUUACUAGAACAAACAGCUAACUCGGUAGAAAUAUCCCAAAGAACUGAGGAUGACUAUAAAUUAAUAUUACAUGAGUCCGCUGACUUUGAAACCAGUAAAUUGGAAAAUUUACAAGACGAUGAAGGUAAAGCUGUUUCUAAAGAAAAACAGUCUGUCAAAAAUGAGAAGAACGUUAACAUACAAGAUACUUCAGUAACUAGUAAAGAAAAUUACAAAAAUGAAUUACAUAUUUCAACGGAUAUUGAUUAUAGAGCACAGGAUAACGAAAUAACAAAUGCGGUAGAAAUACCUCAAGGAACUAAGGAUGAAAAUAAAUUUAUUUUAUAUAAAUCCACAGAUAUUGACACCGGUAAAGCGAAAAAUUUAGAAGGAGAUGUAAGUCAAACUGUUUUUGAAGAAAAACAGCUUGACAAAAGUGAGAAAAGCACAUAUAAAGAAGAUUCUUCGGAAACUAGUAAAGAAAAUUACAAAAAAGAAUUACACAUUUCCACGGAUAGUGAUGAUACAUCACAAUAUAACCAAACACCAAAUGUGGUAGAAAUACCUCAAGGAACUAAGGAUGAAAAUAAAUUCAUUUUAUAUGAAUCUGCCUACAUUAACACCGGUAAAGCGGAAAAUUUAAAAGACGAUGUAAGUCAAGCUAUUUCUAAAGAAAAACAGCUUGACAAAGAUAAGAAGACCGUUUACAUAGAAGAGACUUCAGAAAUAAGUAAAGAUAAUCACAAAAAUGAAUUACAAAUUUCAACGGAUAUUGAUGACGCAUCACAAGAUAACAAAACAGCAAAUCUGGUAGUGAUAUCUCAAGGGACUAAGGAUGAAAGUAAAUUAAUUUUACAUGAAUCCGUAGACACAGUCACUGGUAAAGCGGAAAAUUUAAAAGUCGAUGUAAGUCAAACUGUUUUUGAAGAAAAACAGUUUGACAUAGGUGAGAAGAGCAUUUAUAAACUAGAGGCUUCAGAAGCAAGUGAAGAACCUAAUAACAGUGAACUACAAAUUUUAACGGAUAUUGAUUACACCUCAACAGAUAACCAAACUGCAAAUCCGAUAGAAAUAUUUCAAGGAACUGAGGAUCAAAGUAAAUUAAUUUUACAUGAAUCCGGAGACACCGCCAAAGCGGAAAACUUAGAAGACGAUGUCAGUCAAGCUGUUUAUAAAGAAAAACGGUUUAACAAAGGUGAGAAAAGCACACAAGAAGCUUCAAAAGCAGGUGAAGAACAUGACAAAAACAAAAAAAAAUUACACAUUUCAACGGAUAUUGACGACGCAUCACAAGAUAGCAAAACAGCAAAUUUGAUAGUAAUAUCUCAAGGGACUAAGGAUGAAAAAAAGUUAAUUUUACAUGAAUCCGUAGACAUAGACACCGGAAAAGCGGAAAAUUUAAAAGACAUUGUAAGUCAAGCUUUUUCUAAAAAAGAACAGCUUGACAAAUGUGAGAAGAGUAUUCAUAUACAAGAGGCUUCAGAAACAAGAGAGUACAAAAAUGAAUUACAAGUUUUAAAGGAUAUUGCUAACACAUCACAAGAUAAGCAAAAAGAUAUAAUUGAAAAAAAUGAAGAAAUCUGUGAAAUUCCAGAUUCACCUAAAACUAUGGCUGAAGAUCAUAGAAAUGCAAGUAAACUCAAUGAAAUAGGAGAAGGCAUACUGUCAAUGAAAAUAUUUGAAACUGAUAAUAAUAAAGGACAAUAUACGGAUGAAGUAGUUCUAACUUCAAAAGAGUCCAAAAAUGAGGGAGAGAACACGCAGGCUGGUACAAAACAAGGUAGAGAACCAAGCAUUAAAAAAAGCAAUGAAGAAGAGACUCAUAUGAAUGAAUUAAAUAGUUUACAAAAUGAAAAUAAUAAAAAAGAGCUAAAUGAUAAAACAGGUAUAUGUGAAGUGAAAAGCCCUGUGUCUGACACAUUAUUGGGAAAGGAUUUAUCAACACCAUGCAUGGAAGAAGUUUGUAUGGAAAGUACAUCAAAAUCUUUUAAAACCGAACAAGGACCAAUUAUUUCCAUAGAAAAGACAGAUUAUAAAGAAAAACAAAUAAUUGUUCAUCAGAGUGAGACCCAAAGCGAUAAGAAAGAAGAGGAAGGUAUAUAUACAGAAGAUUUAAAUAACAAACUGAAAGAAAAUGAACCAAAUAUGCCUCUAGAACAUAAAGAAAUUCAAAAACAAGUGUGUUUCGUAAAUGAAAAUAAAAUAAAACAAACAGAAAAAGAUGCCUCACAACCGAAUGAUAACAUCAUUGAAUACAUAGAAAAACUUAUUGAACCAAAAGAAAAAAUAGACAAUAUCUAUAAAGAGCCAGACAUUUUAGAAAAAAGUGAAACGAUAGUUAACAAUAAAGAUAUUCCAGACAGUAAAUCGGAAACGGGACAGGACAAAAAACUUAAAACAAAAGUCAAAAAGGGUAAGAAAGUUGAUAAACCUGAAAAAAAGGAACCCGAGGCACAAAUAGAUAAAAUAAGUCCUAUUAGUAAAGAUCCAGUAGGAAAUGAAACAGACAACGAUAGUAAAAAUAUAACUGAGGAGAACAGAGAUACUAACCAGAAUAAAUAUGAAGAUGAUGUACAAAAUCUACUAACCGGGAAUGAAAGUAAACACAAGCAAAAGCAAGAGAUACCACAGGGUGACCAACCGGUAGUUCAAAUUGAUAAAAAAGAUGAACACAUCCAAAAAGACCUAAUUAAAAAAAGUAGUUUUGAGACGAAACAGACAAGUGAAAACGAUACGAAUACUAAUGAAGAAUUUAAGAAACAACAGACAAAAAUAGUAAUUGAAGAAAAUAAUAGAGAUCAGGAUCUAAUCAAAACAUACAAAGCAGCGGUAGAGGAUAGUCAAAAAAUUGAAAAUAAAAGGUUAAAUAAAAAAGAAAGCCAUGGUAAGGAGGAGAAAGACAUUGGAGCAAUAAAUAAUACUGAAAUUGUAACCAAAAUGUUAGAAAGGGAUUUAUUAAAAAAUGACCUGAAACAAGACCUGCUGCUUACAGCAUUGGAUCAUGAAAUAAAUAAACAAUACAAGGACAAAAUUACUUUUGAAGAGAAACAGGAAAUAAUAAAUACCCCAAAUAUAAUCAAGAUAGAGGAAGAAGGUGUAAAUACUCUACCUGACCCCCAAAACCAGCAAAAAAUAAUUAAUGAAAGGGAGAGAGAUAAAGAUUGUAUUCAAACAGAUAGUGAAAUUUUAUGUCCGUUUAACAAAGCAAAAGAGUACGAAAUAUUAAAAUCAGAUGAACCUUUGUGUGCUGAACAUACCCCAUUCGACGAAUAUAAGACACUCCAUACAGCUGUUAACGUUUAUCAAGAGCCAUUAGAAUUUAAAGAAGGGAGAAAAGAAACAUUCGCUGAGUCUUUUUAUUUACAUAGUCUAGAGAAAAUAGCCACAAGCAGCGAUGAUAAUCAAGAAAGUAGUAUGGCAUUCAAAACGAGUAUGUCAGAAUCGAAAGUUGAAAAACAUCGUAAUAAAGAACUUAAGCAACGUCCUUCAUAUAUUGACUGCAGUGAACGUGAUUAUGAACUUGAAUUUAAUAGACCUUCUGGUUAUAAUUAUAAGCCAGUAGAUAUGGAUGGUUCAACAACAGAAUUUCAAACAUAUGGUAAAAGUCCCAUAAUUUACAAAGCCCAAACUCUUGUUCAUGAGGCACAACUUAAAUCUACAGUACCACCGUAUGACCAGCGAUUAAUUACUUCUGAAGGAUAUACCGAUUUAAACCAAAGAACAAAAACCACCAGUGAAUCAAGAAGCACAAUAUCAGAAAAACGUGCGAGCUUUCCUCGAGAUUUUAAAAGGAAACCAGUAUUUUCAACUCAUUUAACAGAUCGCACAGCUGUAGAAAGUUCUCGAGUAAAACUUACGUGCAGCAUUUUAUCAUCAACGGAUCCUACAAUUUCUUGGUAUAAAAACGGUAUUCUAAUAGAUAAUAAACAGAAAUGUAGAACUAAGCAUGUUGACGGCUUAAUAACUUUGGAAAUUCUUAAUGCGGUUCCAAGUGAUUCUGGCGAAUAUAGUUGCACAGUAAAAAAUGAAAAUGGAUCGGUUACGUCAUCUGCUAGUUUAAAAGUAUAUCCAGGUUUCGAAGCUUCUCCUAUUCCGCCAACGUUUACACGUUCCAUCCGUGAUGUGUAUCACAUACAUGAAAAUGAAUUAGUGCUUGAAUGCCGGAUUCGAGGACAACCACUUCCAACAAUAACUUGGCUCAAGGAUAACAGACCCAUUAUAUUGAAUGAGCGAUAUCAGGCACAUUAUUUAGCAGACGGCGUUUGCAGGCUUACUAUAAAUUCACCUCAUGAAGAUGAUUCAGGAAAAUAUACUUGUAAAGCAGAAAAUUCUAUGUGGUCUGAUCAAAUUACUCAUGAUGUACAGUUUACUAGCAAGGAGAGUCGUUACAUAAAAAAUGUGACAAGGACUGAAAAUAGACUUACAAAUCGACAAGCUAGUGAAUCAAGGCGUCCUCAUUUCACAAAUGUAUUAUCUGAUCACAAAGUGGUUAGUGGUGGUACUAUAGGAUUGCAAGUAGAAAUAAGCGGUUGGCCUACUAGGGUAGAAUGGUUGCGAGAAGGUCAUUCAGUAAUUGAGAACUACAGAAAUGCACAAACAUACAUUGAUCAUGGUUUAUAUACAUUAGCAUUGCCUGAUGUAACAGAAAAAGAAUCAGGCCUAUAUACAUGUAGAGCAUGGAGUACUCAUGGAAAUGUUGAUAUGAAUGCUUCUAUAACAGUCGUUCAACCAAACCAAUUUGAUGGAAAGCCAGCUAGAAUAAUAAGUAGACCAGUCAAAGACCUACUAAUAUCAGUUGGUGAAGAUCUGAAUAUUUCGUUCAGAGUGCAAGGAGAACCUAAGCCAAAAGUUUUCUUUAUAAAAGGAAUUAGAGAUAUUACUAACAGUCAGCGAGUUUGUAAAAUGACUUCUGAUGACUACGUAAAAUUCACAUUAAAAAGAUCAGUAGUCUCGGAUGCUGGAACAUAUUGCGUCUUUGUGAGAAACGCCUACGGUUGUGAUAGAGCUUUUGUUACAGUUGUGAUAAGACAACGUGCGUCUUCUGAUAAUCUUAUAUCUGAUUGGACCUAUCCGAUGGAUGAUUUAGCGAUUUCAGUAGUUGACCGAAAUUACAAAUCUGUUCCCGAUCGGAUCCCGAGUGAACCAAAUACAGUGGAUGGUGGAAACAACUGGGUUUCACUUGCAUGGCCCAAACCGGAUUCUCAAGCGAAAGCGCCUAUUCUAGCAUACAAAGUCGAGAGUUGGUUACUUGGCAAAGAAGGAGGAGCACGAUGGACAGAAUUAGGAAUCACUCCAAGAAAUUCUUUUGAUGCUUUCAACUUAAAACAAGGCGAAGAAUAUCACUUUAGAGUAACUCCAAGAAAUCGUUACGGCUGGGGAGAAUCCGUUCAGACGUCAACACCUAUCGGUAUCGGAUUAGCUGGUGAUAGACCAGAAUUCGUAGAAAUCCUUCCAGGUCAGCUCAAAGUACUUGUUGGUGAAACAGCAACUUUAUGCUGUAGUUUUAAAGGCAACCCUAUUCCGGAAAUCAUGUGGAUGAAGAAUGGUCAUGAAGUAGAGGAAGAGGCAAAUAGAGUUACAAUAGAAUUGGGAGGUAAUAGCACUUCUCUGCAAAUAAAUAAUAUAAAUAAUGACGAUGAAGGCAGAUAUAGUUGUGAAGCUACGAACAUACAUGGUCGUUCUUCAACGUAUUCUAGAAUGGCCGUUAUUACAGACCGGCAAAUCUGGGCUGCCGAUGCUAAACUUAAAAGAGAAAGAUCAGCCGGUGCAAAUGGAGAUUAUCCACCUCAAUUUACAAUGCGCUUAAGAGAUCGACGUGUGCAAGCCACAUACCCAGUACGACUUACUUGCCAAGUUAUCGGAAGCCCGUCACCAAUAGUAACAUGGUUUAAAAAUGGAGAGGAUGUAAUCUUAGACAGUCGGCACUCAACAUCCCAAGAUGAAUAUUUUCAUACUUUGGAAAUUGCACCUACUACACUAGAAGAUGGGGGCGUUUAUGAAGCCAUGGCAAGAAAUGGGUGCGGAGCAAUUAGCUGUCGAUGCAAUCUCGUAGUUGAUAAAGGCAUUAGGGCAUAUAUCGCACCAGAAUUUUGCUGUGGAUUUGAACCACUCUAUAGAGUUUGCGAAGGUGACGAACUUAGGAUUUCAGCAGUUGUUGAAGCAUACCCCUCAGUCGGCGUAACUUGGUACCGCGAUGGCGUCAGAUUGAGGACUAGUCGCCGUGCAGUUAUGACUUUAGAUCGUGAUGGGCAGAUUGAAUUAGCACUUGCUGCUGUUGCGGCACGAGAUGCUGGAGUAUAUACUUGCACUGCAUCCAAUGAAGUAGGAAGAGCUUCUACCUCUGGUAAAGUGGAAGUUAUUAAAGGCGAAUCUAGAAGUGAAACUCCAAAAGUGCCACCGAUUGUGAUUAGCCCCGAUGUACCGUACUCCAAGGAGCCGAUGUUCAUAAGAAAGCCAAGAUCCAGCGAGGCACGUGAAGGAGAUACAGUUCUGUUAGAAUGUGAAGUUAUUGGCGAUCCUAAACCUGAUGUUUACUGGCUAAGAGACUUUCUCAAGCCCGAUUACUAUCGAGAUGCGAGCCAUUUUAAGCGGGUCGGCGCAGGACCGGCGUACCGGUUUGAAAUUCCUCAUGCAAAGUUGGACUACACCGGUGCUUACUCAAUAGUCGCUAAGAACAUACACGGUGAAGCGAAGGCAAUUAUAUCUUUGCAAAUAUUGGCUAAAGAUCCUUCAUGCAGCAAUGAUACGCAUAACAUUCGAUACGGGCGAGUAGAUAUUAUGCCCCGUUUCGAAAAAGAUCUCACGGACUUGCUGUGCUAUGAUGGAGACGCUAUAGAAUUCGAAUGUCUUGUUUCUGGAAAUCCCGAGCCUGACAUCAGAUGGUUUCAUUAUACAGAGUUACUCCCGGAGUGCUCAGACUUCGAAUCGUCUUUCGAGCUUGGCACAGCACGACUCAAGAUAAAGCAAGUGACAGCUGAGGACGAAGGGACCUACACUUGCGAAGCUUCUAACGAGAUGGGGAAAGCAACUUCAAGCGCUUGCUUGGUUAUAUAUCCUCCUGGCGAACCGAAUACAUUAAGCCAAAGGUUGCGCAGGCCACCUGCCCUGUUGUCCGCCUGCUCAACGCCUCGAUCCACGCCGCGCACCACUCCUGUGAGGUCCCAAUCUAGGACACCUGGUCCAGACCUCAGGCGCCUUUGCAGUCCAUCACGCGAAAUCGCUCCAAAAUUCUAUACUUAUCCGUACAACAAAGUCGUUGAAGAAGGUGACACAGUAGUGUUCCAAUGUGCAGUUAAAGGACUACCACCACCGUGGGCAUCGUGGGACAAGGAUGGGAUUAUAAUAACUCCAACCGCUAGAAUCAGCGUUAGAGAAAAGGAUGAUAUGUUCAGAAUAUUAGAAAUUGAGCAAGUCACUGUAGAAGAUGUUGGGCUUUAUAGAGUCACGUUGGAGAAUGACUACGGUAGAGCGGAAGCUUCGGCCAGAUUGGAAGUCAUAUCACAAACGGGAAAGUUUUACGGUAGUAGGUCUUACAGUGUAUCUCCUAGAAAAUGUCUACCGUACAGGAGAAGAACGCCUUCUUUGACUAGACAAGACUGAUAAGGAAAGCCAGUUUCAAAUAAGAAUUUUAAAUAACUUAAAAAUCAUAAAUGCAACCAGAAGUGACCAAGAUAGUACUGUUAAAAUAAGUAAGUUCUUACUAAAGUUAUCGAAUUGCAAGCAAUGCGAAGUGUAUGGGUACCCAUUUGGUAGUGAAUAAGCAAAGCGAAUAUACAUUGUGGUAUAAGUAUGCAUAAUUUACUCUGUCUAUUUUACUUUACCAAUAGAAUGAUUUUUUUCCAGGUUAUACCUAAUUAAAGGACCAGGCGGCUAGUGCAACUAAAAUUUUUUAGAUUUUUUUUUUCAAUUAAUAGUUUCUUUGCAUUUUAUCAUUAUUAUAAUAGAAAAACAAUAAAGUAAAAUUUCACACGACGUAUUCCUAUACGUCAAUGUA